UUUUUUUUUUUUUUUUUUUUUUUGCCUUCCUUUUUCAAUUCCAUCAAACUUUGGAAAAACAAUGUCUGCACCACCGGCCGUUCCGAAGGUCACCGCCCCGAAGCCGGGCAAGGUUGAGGUCUUCAAGGCUGUCUUUGACUACAAGGCGCAGCGACCCGACGAACUGACCUUCGAGGAAGGCGAUGUCCUCUACAUUUUGGAAAAGUUCAACAAUGGCUGGUGGAAGGCACGCACCGGCAAGAACGUUGGUCUGAUUCCCUCCAACUACGUCGAGGCAAACAACAUUGUUGAGAUGGACAAUCCAAUCCACGAAGCCGCAAAGCGAGGCAACGUGGCCUUCCUCGAGGAGCUGAUUGCUGCAAACAUUUCUGUCAACGGCUUGGACAAGUCGGGAUCGACACCGUUGCACUGGGCAGCCAGCGGCGGCCACACUGAGUGCGUGCAAAUGCUCAUCGCAGUACCCAAUUGCGUGCUUGAUUUGCAAAACAAGCUCGGCGACACACCUCUGCACAACGCCUCGUGGAAGGGUCAUGCUGAUGUUGUCAAGUUGCUGCUGGAUGCCGGUGCCGACCCGAAUCUCAUCAACAACGAGAAUCAGACUGCGUACUCGCUGGCCAAGAAUGCUGAUGUUGGAGCGUUGCUCUAUUCGCUUGAUCCUUCCGGCGAUGUCAACACUGGCGAUGCCGACUCUGAUUAAAGUGUAUCUCACAAUGUUUCUCUCUCUCUUUGUCUGUGUGUCACUGAAGCAAUUUGAAACAUGGGAUUCCUGAAUUCGAGUCAUCUACAAGCACACAAUAGACUUACUCGAUGCCGAGGCAAAAAAACCAAAACCAAAACAAAACAAAACAAAACAAAACAAAAAA